CCUAUCACUACAAAAAUCAAUUGGAGAGAAGAAGAAGAAGAUUCUGACAGAAAGAAUGGGGAGGAAGAAAGGAGUACAGUUCGAUGAAGGAGCACCCGAUGAUUUCGACCCGAAUAACCCGUAUAAGGAUCCGGUAGCUUUCCUCGAGAUGAGGGAGCAUUUGGUGAGGGAGAAGUGGAUCGACAUUGAAAAAGCCAAGAUCCUCCGUGAAAAGCUCCGUUGGUGCUACCGUAUCGAAGGUAUUAACCAUCUUCAGAAGUGCCGCCACCUUGUUCAGCAGUAUCUUGACGCAACCCGCGGUGUUGGGUGGGGCAAGGACCUUCGUCCUCCCUUUAUGCAUGGGCCUAAGGUGGUUGAAGCUGUUGAGUCCGAAUGAUUCUGUUAUCUUAGGUUUGUAUUUCCAGUUAUAAGUAUAAACUUCAGAGGUUGUUGGGCUUACCAACUUGUGAAUUUCAAUGUAUCGCUGCUUCUGUUAUUCACUGCUUAAGACCUGAUUUUUUAGUUUCCUGUCGUGUGAAAAACGACAAUGGUUUGCAAUGUGGCUUUAACUUCCUUGUACUUUUUUUUUUUUGAGGGAACUAUAUUUCAUAGUGGAAAUAAAGGAAAAAACUCAAUUUUCUUCCUUAUUGGUGUCCUGGUCUUUGUUCUAUGCUUCCUCUAUCUUGUGUGUAUUGUUGGUCAUUAGUCAUGAUUAGAGGCUGGUAUUUUGUAUUCUGUGUUGUAAUAUUGGAGCUCUUGAGAAAAUUAACACACUUUU